ACCGGAAGUGGAUGACAGGAAGUAAAUAAUGUGGCUGGUAGACGCUGGGCGCUUCUGACCAGAGGAAUAAACCGGUGUUGUCGUGUUUUACUUUAGCUGAGUGUGUAAAUUAUCUGGAGUUAAAGAAUGACUGGCUCUUACCACACCAGCUUCUGAUAUGUUGUGCUGGAAAAAAUCAGGGUUUCUGCUUCUGUCCGUUUUGGUGUCGAGCUAGCACCGGGAGCUAGCUGGUUCCAGAGUCAGGUCUAAGGAGUCCACCGAAAUGAGAAAACGAGCCUCGGACCUGUUUAGUCUGGAGUUAGAGCUGAGAUCUGAGGAGGUUGAGGUAUGAACUCUGUUUCCCCCAGCGCGGUGCAGUACGUCGGCACUGUGAUGCAGGAUGAGUGGGUGGAGAGUCGGAGGCAGCGGCCACUGGAACGACAGGGCAGCCUGGGUCCCAGGCCACCCUCGCUGUCAGACCCAGGCAGUCGAGAAGCAGCUGAAGAGCCAGACGAGAUGGACAAGCUCAAAGCUAAACUCGUGUCUGCGUGGAAUAACGUCAAAUAUGGCUGGACUGUUAAGACUAAAACCUCUUUCAACAAAGUCUCUCCAGUCACCAUCCUGGGGCAUUCGUAUCUGCUCAGCAGCGAAGAUGAGGUGGAGAGAUUCCGCGGAGCGUUUGUGUCCAGGAUCUGGCUGACCUACCGGAGGGAGUUUCCUCAGCUGGAGGGCUCCACUUGGACCACCGACUGUGGGUGGGGCUGCAUGCUUCGCAGUGGCCAGAUGCUGCUGGCACAGGGGCUGGUGGUCCAUCUGUUGCCCAGAGACUGGGUUUGGCCAGAUGCUCAUCAGCUGACUGAUGUGGACUUCGAGGUGUUUCGACCACGCUCCCCAGUACGGGCCGGAGGCUUCCCCAUUCCCUCUUUCGGCUCUCCACGUGGGUCCGGCACCCCUGAGAAACCCCAGACAAGCGGUCAGGCCCCCAAAUGCAGCCAGAAGAGCAGACCCGAGUCUGCUGUAGAGCAGCAAGUGGAGGCAAACCACUACAAGCUCCUCAGCUGGUUUGGAGAUCAGCCUCCAACACCUUUUGGUGUUCAUCAGCUGGUGGAAAUCGGCAAAGGUUCAGGGAAGAAGGCUGGCGACUGGUACGGCCCCUCCGUAGUGGCACACAUACUGAGGAAAGCAGUAGCUAAAGCCUCUUUGAGCCAAAACCUGACUGUAUACGUGGCUCAAGACUGCACAGUGUACAAAGAGGAUGUGGUACGUCUCUGUGAUCUGUCACAAAGUCAGAAUCCCGGAGAUCCUUCCUGCCAACCCUGGAAGUCCGUCAUCAUCCUGGUUCCUGUCCGGCUUGGAGGAGAAGCCCUCAAUCCAUCCUACAUCGAAUGUGUUAAGAACAUCCUAAAGCUGGAUUGUUGCAUUGGAAUAAUUGGAGGGAAACCAAAGCACUCACUUUACUUCAUUGGCUUCCAAGAUGAGCAGCUCCUCUAUCUGGACCCUCACCUCUGUCAGUCGGUCGUCGACGUCACUCAGGUCCACUUCUCUCCAGAGUCGUUCCACUGCAGCUCUCCUAAAAAGAUGCCCUUCAACCGCAUGGAUCCCAGCUGUACAAUCGGCUUCUACGCCAAGAGCAAGAAGGAAUUUGAGUCUCUGUGUUCUGCUGUUAGCAUGGCUCUGUCAUCCUCCAAGGAGAAGUACCCCAUCUUUACCUUUGUUGAGGGCCAGAGUCUGGACUAUGGACUUGAGGACCACAGCAGCAGCCCCAGCAGACCCCCUACUCACAUCCUGCCUCCAGGAAAACUGAGCAGAAGCAACAACAGACAAAACAGUGAUGAGUUUGUCUUCCUGUGAACUGAUGAGAACAUUGCGUCAC